UCCUUUGUUUCUUCAAAACCAAAGGAAAAAGCAAGAUAGAGAUUUUUGACUUCUUGGAUUCUCUCUCUCGCUCUCUCCUUCUCAGAGUGAAACUCUGAGCUUCGGAGAAGAAAAAAACAAAAUAAAUAAAUAAAAAAGUAGAAGUCUGGCUGAGCUCUACGGAUCUGGUGAAAGUCGAAAAAUUUUCGAAUUUUUCUUCGUUUUCCUGAGUGGUAGAGAGUGAAUAUGGGAAAAGGAGCGCAAAACUAUGGGAAAAAGGACAGCUUUGAUAAGAGAUCUUCGAACCGAGAAAUAUUCCCUGCGUGGGCUAAAGAUGUUCAUGAAUGUGAGGAGAAGUUCCAAGUGAAACGCGAGUUUGGGUUGUCGAAGGAAGAGGUUGAGAAGCGGCGACAGAUCUAUGGAUAUAAUGAAUUGGAACAUCACGAAGGUACAUCGAUUUUUAAAUUGAUAUUGGAUCAGUUAAAUGAUACUCUAGUGAGAAUUCUGUUAGCUGCGGCUGUUGUAUCGUUUGUGUUGGCUUGGUAUGAUGGUGAGGAAGGUGGGGAGAUGGAGAUUACAGCAUUUGUGGAGCCACUUGUGAUAUUCUUGAUAUUGAUUGUGAAUGCCAUAGUGGGAAUUUGGCAAGAAACCAAUGCAGAGAAGGCAUUGGAAGCUUUGAAAGAGAUUCAAUCGGAGCAUGCCAUGGUGUUAAGGGAUGGAAAACGGGUUUCUAAUUUGCCCGCGAAGGAACUUGUCCCAGGUGAUAUAGUGGAGUUGAGGAUUGGUGAUAAGGUGCCAGCGGACAUGCGGGUUAUUGGCUUGGUAAGCUCAACGUUUAGGGUUGAGCAGGGGUCGUUGACAGGAGAGAGUGAAGCAGUGAGUAAGACUGUCAAGGCUGUUGCGGAGGAUUCAGAUAUUCAAGGGAAGAAAUGUAUGGUUUUUGCUGGGACGACUGUGGUGAAUGGGAAUUGUAUUUGCUUGGUUACUCAGAUAGGUAUGGAUACGGAGAUAGGGAAGGUGCAUUCGCAGAUUCAAGAAGCAGCACAGAGUGAGGAAGAUACGCCUUUGAAGAAGAAGUUGAAUGAGUUUGGGGAGGCUCUAACAGCAAUAAUUGGAGUGGUUUGUAUCUUGGUUUGGCUUAUCAACGUGAAGUACUUUCUCACUUGGGAAUAUGUUGAUGGCUGGCCGAGAAAUUUUAAGUUCUCAUUUGAGAAAUGUACAUAUUACUUCGAGAUUGCAGUGGCAUUGGCUGUUGCUGCCAUCCCGGAAGGUUUGCCAGCAGUUAUCACGACAUGCUUGGCAUUAGGAACACGAAAGAUGGCUCAAAAGAAUGCACUUGUGAGGAAGUUGCCUAGUGUUGAGACUUUAGGUUGUACAACUGUGAUUUGUUCAGAUAAAACUGGCACUUUGACUACCAAUCAGAUGGCGGCAGCGAAGCUUGUGGCUAUGGGUUCUAGUGCUGAUUCACUCCGACCAUUUGAUGUUGAGGGAACCACUUAUGAUCCUUGUGAUGGAAAAAUACGGGGUUGGCCAGUUGAUAGAAUGGAUGCAAACCUUCAAAUGAUUGCAAAGAUUGCUGCUCUAUGCAAUGAUGCAGGUGUUGAACGAUCUGGAAAUCAUUAUGUUUCGAUUGGAAUACCCACUGAGGCAGCAUUGAAGGUGCUGGCUGAGAAAAUGGGACAUCCUGCAAGCUCUGAUUCUGGUUCAUCUUCAAGUCAUACAAAUGAACUACGUUGUUCUCAAUUAUGGAGUAAAAUGGAGAAUCGGAUUGCAACUCUAGAGUUUGACCGUGAUCGUAAGUCCAUGAGUGUUAUUGUGAAUUCCCUCUCGGGGAAGAAAACAAUGCUAGUAAAGGGUGCUGUGGAAAAUGUUUUGGAAAGAAGCUCAUUUAUCCAGUUGCUUGAUGGCUCUAUUGUUAAAUUGAACCAACAUUCAAGGGAUCUUAUCUUAAAAAGCCUUAAUGAAAUGUCAACAAGUGCAUUGCGUUGUCUUGGUUUUGCAUACAAAGAUGACCUUCCAGAGUUUGCGACAUACAAUGGUGAUGAAGACCAUCCAGCACAUCAACUGUUACUCAAUCCAUCCAGUUAUUCUUUAAUUGAGAGUAAUCUCAUUUUUGCUGGCAUGGCUGGGUUAAGGGAUCCUCCUCGGAAAGAGGUUCGUCAAGCAAUUGAGGACUGCCGAGCUGCUGGAAUCCGUGUUAUGGUUAUUACAGGAGACAACAAGAAUACAGCUGAAGCAAUUUGCCGUGAAAUAGGUGUUUUUGGAUCUCAUGAAAAUAUUAGUUCAAGAAGUUUAACAGGAAAAGAUUUUAUGGAAGUUGCUGAUAAGAAAAGUUACCUCAGACAAAGUGGAGGACUUCUGUUCUCUAGGGCUGAACCAAGGCAUAAACAGGACAUAGUGAAGUUGCUCAAAGAAGAUGGUGAAGUGGUUGCAAUGACUGGGGAUGGAGUGAAUGAUGCACCUGCUUUGAAAUUGGCUGAUAUUGGGAUUGCAAUGGGCAUCGCUGGGACUGAGGUUGCAAAAGAGGCCUCUGACAUGGUGUUAGCAGAUGAUAAUUUUAGCACUAUAGUUGCUGCGGUAGGUGAAGGCAGAUCUAUUUACAACAAUAUGAAGGCCUUUAUAAGGUACAUGAUUUCCUCAAAUAUUGGUGAGGUUGUCUCUAUUUUUCUGACAGCUGCCUUGGGCAUUCCGGAAGGCAUGAUUCCUGUUCAACUUCUCUGGGUCAAUCUUGUGACUGAUGGACCCCCAGCAACAGCUUUGGGAUUCAAUCCUCAAGAGAAAGAUAUAAUGAAGAAGCCCCCAAGAAGAAGUGAUGACUCAUUGAUCAGUGCUUGGAUUUUAUUCCGCUAUCUGGUGAUUGGGCUCUAUGUUGGGAUUGCAACAGUCGGCGUAUUUAUCAUAUGGUACACGCAUAGCUCAUUUUUGGGCAUUGACCUGAGCAGAGAUGGUCAUACUCUUGUUUCCUACUCUCAACUUGCUAACUGGGAUCAGUGCUCUUCUUGGGAGGGAUUUUCAGUGUCACCCUUCACAGCCGGGGGGCUGCAGUUCAAGUUUGACGAUCCAUGUGACUACUUCCGAUCUGGCAAAAUCAAAGCUUCAACUCUCUCCCUCUCCGUAUUGGUUGCCAUAGAGAUGUUCAAUUCCCUUAAUGCCCUCUCUGAGGAUGGGAGUCUACUAACCAUGCCUCCAUGGGUCAACCCAUGGCUCCUUCUGGCCAUGUCUAUCUCAUUUGGCCUUCACUUCUUGAUCCUUUAUGUGCCAUUCCUUGCUCAAGUGUUUGGCAUUGUUCCUCUCAGCCUGAACGAAUGGCUUCUGGUGCUGGCUGUUGCUCUUCCAGUGAUUCUAAUUGAUGAGAUGCUGAAGUUUGUUGGGAGAUGUACAAGUGGACUGCGGGCUUCUAGUGGGAGCAAAUCUUCAAAGCAAAAGGCUGAGUAAGCGCCCAAGUGAGGAACUAAAAUAGAAUAGACUUUACUAAGUAUCGUAAUUAUGUUGGGACACCAAUCCUUCGUCCCCCAGCAUUUUAGAAUGAAUGGAGAGGGUUUGGACUCAGUUUAAAAGAUUUAAUUGAGAUUCUUUUAAUGGAAUUGUAUUUAGUUUCUUUAAAGUAGUAUUUUCUUAGACAAUAAUUUAAUCUCACCUUAUAUC